GGCUCACACCUGGAACGACAUGUAUUGACGCACUCGACCGACGAGUCGACGGUAGACCCACUGACGUGUCAGUGGCCCGGAUGUGGCAAACAGUUUAACCACAAACGCAAUCUAAACACACACAUCCGGUACCACAAGUCGGAGCGCAUAUACCCCUGCGAUUGGCCCGACUGUGAGCGUCGGUUCAAGAGUAAGGACGUACUGCGCGCCCACCUCAUGGCCCACAGGGGCGACCGGCCCUACCGGUGCUCGUGGGAGGGCUGCGAGCGAAGGUUCAUACGCCGGACGCUAAUGGUGUCGCACUACCGGAGCCACGAGUCGGAGCCGGCGUUUGAGUGCGAGCGCAGCGAUUGCGGCAAAAAGUUUCGCACCAAUGGGUGCUUACAGAGACACCAGCGACAGGUGCACGGAGGCCAGCGCCGGACCUACCGGUGCGAUGUCGAGGGUUGCGACCGGGCCUUCAGUCGGCGCCAGACUCUCGUGAGUCACGCCAAGAGUCACGCGAAUACUAGCGGUGCACCCGAAGUGCCCGUGAAUUAA